AUGUUUUGUUUCUAAAUGUCUGCACAAGAGUGACGGUUUCAUCGAGUUGUGAGGGAGUACUUUUGCACAUAUACUGUAACACACUGUCUGAGGAAAGGUACUACUCUCAAUAUAAGUGAAUCCCAAAUCAAUGUAGUUCUCAUCAUAUUUGUGCAUCUUCGAUCGUCUAACGUCAUUGUCUGUUCGGUGCUUUCCCUGGUAAGGGGGCAGUAGCUCUUCGGCUGCAUCAGAGUCACAACUGUCAGUGUCCAUGCUAGCUGGUCCUUCACAUGUCGAAUUACUGAUGCUAGCAUUGGAUGUGCUCGUGGAAGCAGAACAACUUGUCAUUGACAGGUGCAGGUGUAGUGCUGCUGGUAGUAGCAGUGCUAUCAGUAAAGCUGGUAUGUGUCUAUGGAUGCAGGCCUUACUAAAUGGACUGCUUGAAAAUGUGAAUUUUUAUUAGUGUUUUUUAUUUCAACUUUUUUAUAGAUUUUUGUAUUUACAUGUGAAUCACAUUUUUAUUCGCCGCAUUGCGUGUACCCCUGGGGUACCUGCUAUUGAAUAUCCUCUAUAAUCUCUCUGUUUCAUUUCUAGACUCUGUUGAUCUUGGACAAGCAUAGAGGAAUGGGCUGUGGUCCCAUUAUAGUUGGAUCUACCCCUACUAGUCCUGAGACCACACAAGAAGCCCAGCCCCAGGCCAGGCCCGAAACAUGAGAUCUUUAACCGCUAAGUAAAGAAUGAGGCCUCAGCAACCCCACCCCAGAAACACCAUCACCACUACUACUAACAUAGUCUGUCACACACCUAUUACAACUUAACCCUCAACACAUUCCCCCUGCCCCAGGACCAGCUCUUGUAUCCCCUUCCUCACCCAACCCCCAACCCAAUACACUCCACAGAGCAGUUUAGCCCACCUCGAGACUUGAGUAACCAGCCAAUCAGCUCCUAGUAGGCUUUGUGCGCCUCCAUCGGCGGCCCUCCCCGGCGGUGUGUUGGUGUGCGAUGGCGCGGCGGGACGCUGAGGGCUGCCGCCGGGGAUUGUGAUGUCAGAGCCCGCCAGCCCGGGCGAGAGCCAGCGCGGCGCUCCCAGAUUCUUCGUGGGCUGCGAGGACGAUGAGAGCGAGGGCCUGGAGGACUACGACGGCUGCAGCAUGAGGACCGACAUGGAGCUGUACGAGGACGACGAGGACACAGACUCGCCCCCGGAGCGACAGAUUGUGGUGGGGAUCUGUUCCAUGAUGAAGAAGUCCAAGUCAAAGCCCAUGACCCAGAUCCUGGAGCGUCUGUGCAGGUUUGAGUACAUCACUGUGGUCAUCUUCCCUGAGGACGUCAUUCUCAACGAGCCCGUGGACAAAUGGCCCCUGUGUGACUGCCUCGUCUCCUUCCACUCCAAAGGAUUCCCACUGGACAAGGCAGUGAGCUACGCCAAUCUCCGAAACCCACUGCUCAUCAAUGAUCUGAACACACAGUACUACAUACAGGACAGGAGGGAGGUGUAUCGUAUCCUGCAGCAGGAAGGCAUCGAUCUGCCACGCUACGCUGUGCUGAACCGCGACCCAGAUAAACCAGACGAGUGUAACCUGGUCGAGGGAGAAGACCAUGUGGAGGUGAAUGGGGAGGUGUUCCCUAAACCCUUUGUGGAGAAACCAGUCUGUGCUGAAGACCACAACGUCUACAUCUACUACCCCACCUCAGCUGGAGGGGGAAGCCAGCGCCUCUUCAGAAAGAUCGGGAGCCGGAGUAGUGUGUACUCACCAGAGAGCAACGUGAGGAAGACUGGCUCCUACAUCUACGAAGAGUUCAUGCCAACGGACGGGACAGACGUUAAGGUGUAUACGGUGGGGCCUGACUAUGCCCACGCUGAGGCCAGGAAGUCUCCUGCCCUGGAUGGGAAGGUGGAGAGGGACAGCGAGGGGAAGGAGAUCCGCUACCCCGUCAUGCUCACCGCCAUGGAGAAACUAGUGGCCCGCAAGGUCUGCCUGGCAUUCAAGCAAACAGUGUGUGGCUUUGACCUUCUCCGAGCCAACGGUCACUCCUACGUCUGCGACGUCAACGGCUUCAGCUUCGUCAAGAACUCCAUGAAGUACUACGACGACUGUGCCAAGAUCCUUGGUAAUAUAGUGAUGAGGGAGCUAGCUCCUCAGUUCCACAUCCCCUGGUCCAUCCCUACUGAGGCUGAGGACAUCCCCAUCGUCCCAACCACAUCUGGCACCAUGAUGGAGUUACGCUGUGUCAUCGCAAUAAUCCGCCACGGAGACCGAACUCCUAAGCAAAAGAUGAAGAUGGAAGUGCGGAAUCCCAUGUUUUUUGAAUUGUUUGACAAAUACGGGGGUUACAAGACAGGGAAAUUGAAGCUGAAGAAGCCAAAACAACUGCAGGAGGUACUGGACAUAGCUCGGCAACUGUUGCUAGAACUGGGUGAUGGAAGAGAAGACUGUGAGAUCGAAGAGAAGAAAUCCAAACUGGAGCAGCUGAAGACCGUUCUGGAGAUGUAUGGCCACUUUUCUGGGAUCAACAGAAAAGUGCAGAUCACCUACCUGCCCCACGGGCAGCCCAAAACAUCCAGCGAGGAGGAAGACACACGUAAGGAGUGCCCUUCUCUGCUGCUGGUGUUGAAGUGGGGAGGGGAGCUGACCCCAGCAGGCAGGGUACAGGCUGAAGAGCUGGGCAGGGCCUUCCGCUGCAUGUACCCCGGAGGACAAGGAGACUAUGCUGGGUUCCCUGGCUGCGGGUUGCUACGGUUACAUAGCACGUACCGACACGACCUCAAGAUCUAUGCGUCUGACGAGGGCAGAGUGCAGAUGACUGCCGCAGCUUUCGCCAAGGGUCUGCUGGCGUUAGAGGGAGAGUUGACGCCCAUCCUUGUGCAGAUGGUGAAGAGUGCCAACAUGAACGGCCUGCUGGACAACGACAGCGACUCGCUUAGCGGCUGCCAGCACCGCGUCAAGGCCCGUCUCCACGAGAUCAUGCAGAAAGACCAGGAGUUCACAGAGGAGGACUACGAUAGGCUGGCCCCUACAGGUGCAUCCUCUGUGGUUAAUUCUAUGAGAAUUGUGGAGAACCCUGUGAUGACAUGUGACCAGGUCUACACACUCAUCCAGAGUCUCACCUCCCAGAUACGCAAGAGACUAGAGGACCCCAAAUCUGCAGACCUGCAGCUGUACCACAGUGAGUCUCUGGAGCUGAUGCUGCAGCGCUGGUCCAAGCUGGAGCGGGACUUCCGGAUGAAGAGCGGCCGCUACGACAUCAGCAAGAUCCCGGAUAUCUACGACUGCGUGAAGUACGACGUGCAGCACAACGCCACGCUGGGCCUGGAGGACACACUGGAGCUGUUCAGGCUGUCCCGAGCCCUCGCCGACAUCAUCAUACCACAGGAAUACGGCAUUAACAAAGUGGAGAAGCUGGACAUAGCGUACGCCUACUGCCUACCUCUGGUCAAGAAGAUCCAGCUGGACCUCCAGAGGACCCACGAGGAUGAGUCAGUCAACAAACUCCAUCCACUGUACUCUCGAGGAGUGAUGUCACCAGGUCGCCACGUGCGGACACGUCUGUACUUCACCAGCGAGAGUCACGUCCAUUCUCUACUCAGCACCUUCCGCUACGGAGGCCUGCUCGACGAGGAGAAGGAUCAGCAGUGGAAGCGGGCGAUGGACUACCUUGGUGCCGUUUCUGAACUCAACUACAUGACCCAGAUAGUUAUCAUGCUGUAUGAGGACAACAACAAGGACCCGUCGUCAGAGGAGCGUUUCCAUGUGGAGCUUCACUUCAGCCCUGGGGUCAAAGGUUGCGAGGAGGAGGAGAAAGCACCAAUGGGCUUCGGCUUCCGUCCCGCUUCCGCAGAGAAUGAUCAGAAACAGACAGACCCUGGCAGCUUGGAGGAUCUAUCACGUGACGAGCCCGACCGGGCCCUACCACUCUCUGAGCCAAUGGGCAUCCACCGGAGAUCCCCUCUGAUUCGCAACCGCAAGACUGGGUCUAUGGAGGUCCUGUCGGAGACGUCUUCAUCCAAAGCAGGCAGCUACCGUCUCUUCCCCUCCUGCUCUCGCCAGUCCCCUGAGAUGAAGCAGAGUGGUCUAGGAUCUCAGUGUGCGGGACUCUUCAGCACCACUGUCCUGGGAGGCUCCUCUAGCGCCCCCAACCUGCAGGACUACGCACGCACACACCGGAAAAAGUUCUCCUCAGGCAGCCUGUCCUAUAAAGACGAGUUGUUGUCUAUGCCGGCAGUAAAGAGAUUUUCUGUGUCGUUUGCAAAGCAUCCGACUAAUGGGACACAGGAUGACACGUGUGCUGUGGCUGUUCCCCCUCUGUGGUGGCCUGUGUCAGAGCCCUUGGAGGAGCACCACGUUGCCCAGCUGUUGAGGCGCUUCUCCACUGAUGCCAGCCUGUGCCGCCCUCUCUCUCUGGACGGGGCGCUGGCCCACCACCUCAACCAGUGCUCCUACCACCUCCGCCUCUUCCGUAACUGGCUCAUCUCUGGCCAAGACCCCCUAGAGUACUUCUACGGCUUUGAAGGCUGCUCCAUGGUGCCCUCCAUCUACCCACUGGAGACGUUGCACAACUCGCUGUCCCUCAAGCAGGUGGAUGAGUUCAUCACCGCCGUGUGUGAGACUGGUGGAGAUGCCCACUCCAGGACCACAAGAGCUCUGUCGGCCAUGUUUGACUCUCAGAACCAGCCGCCGGUGGACUCCUACAUGCCUCAGAGAGUCCUUUCCUCCUCCGUAUCCCCCCGACAGCGCUCUGACAGACCUCCCUGGUACAGCAGCGGUCCAUCCAGUACAGUGUCCAGCGCUGGCCCCUCCUCCCCCACCACGGCAGACGCCUCCCCCCAUUUUAGCUUCAGCGACAAGACGCACUUCACCCCCGAGAACAGCGAGGAGAUCCACUCCUGCCAUCACAACACAGUUCAGCAGGCCCCUACUGCUGGCCCCCAAACCCUCAAAUUCUCCAAUCCCACCAGCCCCAUGGAGGACCCGACCACCCCCUGCCAGACACCCCCAGAAGACAAUCCUGAGGCCCCAGCCACCCCCAGCCACCUGCCCCUGAGUGGAAACUCUGAAUCAAGGCAGGAGGAGCCAGGCGAGUCCCCUGCUUCAACUGAGGCCACUUGCGGUGAAGUUCCAGACCUCAGCCCAUUGAGCCCGUCAUCUUCCCCACUGGCAGACCUCUCUCUGGGCCUUUUGGAUGGAUACCUCCCCGGUUCUCUCCCGGUGCUCCUGGAGCUCCGAGAGAGCGGCAGUGAGGCAGGAUCCAGCGCACAGACGCCCCAGUCCCCAGAGGGGCCUGACGAGUUCUUUGACACCCAGGAGACGACGGAGAUGUGGAGGGGCAGCACGGGGAGCCUCCCCCAUCCUGGGACGCCACUUGAGGUGGGAGCCCCUCACGCGUCAGAGCCCUAGGUGGGGGCUCAGAGAACCAGAGAAGGAGCCUAGGUCUUCUAAGUGGCUAGAAGGAACUAAGGUAGAACUUCUAGGGGGCUGGAAGGAGUCUUCCAGGAAGCCCUUCAAAAACUCUCCUCUGCCAGUUCCAUGUGGGGAACCCCCAGUGGAGCAUUCUAGUGACCUAGUCUAAGACCAAGGCCCUGUGGCUUGUAACUUAUGUCUGGUGAAUAGUGGAUCAGGCUGCUGCUUCUUAGUACUUCUCUACCCUGGUCGUGUUCAUGAGACACAGAAACUGAGAAAAAGGGAGAGGACUUCCUGGACUUGUCCAUUAAGAUACGCACAUUUUCCAUUUCCGUUUUAAAAUGUUUUCCGUGGCAUGCCAUAAUGAACACGACCCCAGUCUCUAUCCCACAGCUGUCUGUGAACCAGCCGUUGUAGGAGAACUCAGUGUGACCAUAGAACUACCACCGAGUACAGUACAACAUCCUUAUCAUGACUGUCAUGUAUGGAUGUUUUUGUCCCUGUGUCUGAUAGAAAGCCACUUGUUCUGAAGUGAACCUUUGAUGUUGCUGGUGUAAACAGUCUAUAAUGGGUGACAUCUUCUAUCCACUGAACAGCCCUCAGUGUGCACCAUCUUCUAGCCACUGAACAGCCCUCAGUGUGCACCAUCUUCUAGCCACUGAACAGCCCUCAGUGUGCACCAUCUUCUAGCCACUGAACAGCCCUCAGUGUGCACCAUCUUCUAGCCACUGAUCAGCCCUCAGUGUGCACCAUCUUCUAGCCACUGAACAGCCCUCAGUGUGCACCAUCUUCUAGCCACUGAACAGCCCUCAGUGUGCACCAUCUUCUAGCCACUGAACAGCCCUCAGUGUGCACCAUCUUCUAGCCACUGAACAGCCCUCAGUGUGCACCAUCUUCUAGCCACUGAACAGCCCUCAGUGUGCACCAUCUUCUAGCCACUGAACAGCCCUCAGUGUGCACCAUCUUCUAGCCACUGAACAGCCCUCAGUGUGCACCAUCUUCUAGCCACUGAACAGCCCUCAGUGUGCACAAUUGUGGAGAUCUCGCCAAAAAUAACUGAAACAACAUUUCAAUUUGACAGGUGGGCUCGCAUAUUGCAUCAUGUACAUCGCUACAUACAUACCAUUUACUAUAGCUAGAAUUGCAGCAUGUCCACCAACUCAUGGACAUUGUAAAAGGAGAUGGUUUGAGAGACAUCCCAUUUCAAGUAUUGUGAGUAAUACGUUUAUUUUUCCUGCUGGGAAAUGUACAUGUCAAUGUCAUCAAGUCGUUUUGAAAUGCAUUUUCAGUUGGCUACUUUAUUGCAGUAUAUUGAAAUCAUGGUCUUGUCACACAUUGAAAUGAUAAAUGCACCACAUGACUGGUCUGUGACAUUUCACCAAACAGAAGAUGUCACCCUGUGUGUCUCCCCAGUUCUCCUAUUCUAGGCUCUCCUCUCCCUGUGAUGGUCUGUAACACCGUAAAGGUCUGUUCACUUGAUAUGCGCCACAACUGUAUUGCAUCGAGCCAACAAUAGCCACGGUAGGCUCUUUCUUGUUACUCUGAUCUUGCGCUGCUCCCGACCAAGCAGCGCUCCACACCUUGUGCCAAUCAAGAGAACAGGCCUUAGAAACUCCUGACUAGCAGCUGAGGUCUUUUCUUAGGGGUAAAGAAGAUCUCCACUACAUGUGUGGUGAGAUUUAUUAUUUCCGUUUCCUCUUUUGAGAUUCAAUAUACUCAAAUCCUAGCCUGGUCCCCCCCCCCCCCCUAGCAUGGUCCCCCACUGCACAGAUGUAGGAUCUUAAUUUGAACCAGUUUGCUACAGCAGGAAAAUCAUCCUGCAGGAACUGGAAAUGUGGAUUAUUAUUAAUGGACAUUUGUGUAGGGAGUCAUUUGAUACAUUUUUAGGUGGAAAUCACAAACUUCAGAAUCCCUUUUAAACAUCAAAUACACUACACAAUUUACAUUUCCUGCAUUGCAGGAAAGUUCUCCUGCAACAUCGUGAUCAAAUGAAGAUCUUACAUCUAUGUGCUGUAGCUAGCUCUUCUAUUGUUGUCAAGCCAUACAUGUUGUCACGACAAUGAACGCAAACACACAGGAGUUGGCUAAAGCACAAACGGACUGGAGCACCAGGCUACUAUCCCUGUAGCCCCUAGUCACUUCCCCUAGCCCCUAGUCACUUCCCCUAGUCACUUCCCCUAGCCCCUGAAGGACCUGCAUAUAGGAGGGAGCAGUACUCUGCUGACUAAAAAUAAUCCACGUUUGAUUUGAUCACAACUUGUGCACUACUUUUUUUUUGCCAAAUUCCUUAAACCUCAACUACCACUUUAAUAUAAGUAAUCUUAUAGAAACCAUAUGAGGAGAGAUCUAUAUUUAACUUUGAAUCCUAGUGAGGUGAUAUUUUUAAUGCAGAGCCAUCAGAUUUAUUAACAGUUAUAACUUGUAUCAUAGCAACUGUAUAUUUUUGUAAAAGAUCACCUCAAACAUUACUGUAUUAAGCAAUCUUUUUUUUUUCACUGAACAAAAGAGGUCGGGGUAUUUUUGGAUGGUUCUCUGGUUCCAUUGCGUUAGACAGUUUUUGCAGGGCCUGUUCUGUGUGUGGACUUAUCUGUGUGUGUGUGUGUGUGAGAGAGUAAAUGAGAUUCUGUAUUUGACUAUUGGGGUUGGUACAGUCGUAUCGUGAUGUACUGUAGAGAUGAUUAUUUCUGUCACGUAACACAAUUUCAUGUCAGUCAAAGAAUGAACAACACUGCUGCUGCAUAGAGGCAACAUUAACACUGUAAUCUGUCAUUGUUUCAGUGGACAUUUACAGAUGUGUCAAUCUAAACAAUGAAAGUAUAUCUGAUUGUGUGUAAUACCUCUGGUCUGUGUCUCUGGCCUACAGUAGUGGUUAGUGUUGUCUGUUGUAAAGGAUGCUAAACUACACUGAAGUGCUGUAUCUGUUUGGUUUGGAAAGAGGGAUUCAUUUUGUGGCAACUUUUUGAAGGAGAUGGAAAGUGAGUAGAUAAAAUGAAAUAGCAUAAUGAAGAAUUCCCUGUUUAGCUGCUAUGCACUUCUAAACUCUUCAUGAAGGCUUUAUGAAUGAAAAAUGCACUUAAAUGCUUUUGGAGCUCUCAGUGAUUUCAGCCUUUUUAACUUAAAAGAUUCAGCUGAGAAAACGCACUCUGCUUUAAUUUCUAUGCUAUUUGCUGUGUGGGGUAAUCGGCUCAAUGGCUCUAUGGUUUCUACAAAUGCAGCUUUAUUUCUCUAAAUGAUGUUCUGAAUAAAAUGUCCUGUGAAAUGAUA